AUGUUAUCCUGUCUUUCGAUUGUAUCAGGCCCGUUGGCGCCCGACGCGAUGCAUCAGGUAGCGUGGUCGCCGCAUGCCGUGGUAACUUCAGAUGUUACUUCGAACAUACUUUCCCCCCCCUUGAUUUUUCGGUUACCGUCGCCCUCCCUUCCGCCCGCCGCCCUUCCUUCCCCUCUUCGCGCUUCCUUCCGCCCGUCGCCCUCCCUUCGUCUCGUCGCCCUCCCUUCGUCUCGUCGCCCUCCCUUCCUCCCGUUGCCUUCCCGUCCGCCCGCCGCCCUUCUUUUCCCUCGUCGCGCUCCCUUCCCCCCGUUGUCCCCCUUCGUCUCGUCGCCUCUCUGUCGCUCGUCGCCCUCCUUCCCGCUCGUCCCCUCGCAAUCCCCGUCUCUCUCUCCCCCCGUCGCCCUCUCUUUCCCCGUCGCCCUCCCAUCCACUCCUUGUCCUCGCCAUCCCUCCCUUCUCCCUUCUCAUCUCGCACACUUCUCUCUCCCCGGCAUCUCCCUCGCUCCCCACGUCCUCUUCCCUGCUUCCCCCCAUCCCCUUCCGUGCUUCCCUCCAUCCCCUUCCGUGCUUCCCCCCAUCCCCUUCCGUGCUUCCCCCCAUCCCCUUCCCUGCUUCCCCCCAUCCCCUUCCCUGCUUCCCCCCAUCCCCUUCCGUGCUUCCCCCCAUCCCCUUCCGUGCUUGCCCCCAUCCCCUCCCGUGCUUCCCCCAAUCCCCUUCCGUGCUUCCCUGUAA